AUGCAAAAUAUAGUUGACAACAAAUUUACACUUGAAGGUCAUGGUUCACUUGAAUGGUAUGAGCAAGGUGUUGGGUUUGUUGAGUUUUCAACUACCGAUGAAGCUUCUGCAGCGAUGCUCAAAAUGAAUGGGAAGAUGGUGGGGAAAAAGCCUAUUUAUGUUUCUUUGGCGCAACGUAAAGAGGAACGUAAACUUCAUCUUCAACCUCAGUUUAGCAACGUUGUUUUGCCGACUUCCCAACCAUUCCUUCAUCAACAUCUACCAGUUUUCAGUCAAGCAGCCACUUCGACGACAGCAUUGCCUCCAUUCAGAGGAUACAACAAUUUUCAACCACAGAUCAUGUUUCCACCAAGAAUGCCAAACGUGCCACGGACUCGGGUGGAGAGAUUAAUUGGAUGGACAGCUCCAUCGACCGGCUGGUUUAAAUUGAACUCGGACGGUGCAUCACGUGGAAACCCGGGUCUCGCGGCGGCAGGAGGGGUUCUGAGAGACGGUAAUGGUCGGUGGUAUGGUGGUUUCUCUCUCCACAUUGGACGUUGUACCGCUCCGUUAGCUGAGUUAUGGGGCGUUUAUUAUGGUCUUGUUAUGGCAUGGGAGAAGAAGAUAACGAAGCUGGAGGUAGAGGUGGAUUCGGAGUUGGUGGUGGGGAUUUUGAAACAAGGGAUUGCUGCGUCACAUCCUUUGUCUUUCCUGGCACGCAUGUGCCAUGGCUUCUUGUUAAAGGACUGGGAAGUCCGAAUUUCACAUGUGUUCCGGGAAGCAAACCGCGUUGCAGAUGGUUUGGCUAACCUUGCUUUUACUCUGUCAUUAGGUUUUCAUUUGUUUGAUGUUGUUCCCUCCUCUCUAGAGUCUCUGUUAUGGGAGGAUGAGAUCGGGGUUACAUACCCUAGAUUAGUCAUGGUGUAG